AUGGAAAUGCUAAAACAACGACAGGUAAAUAAACAAGAAAAGACUAAGUUUUCUAUAGAACAACAGAUACCAGAUGUCCCAACAUUGGAAGAGUUUGAAUGCCUUUUGGAAGAAUCAUCUGAAAAUUAUCCCACAGGGGAGGGUGUCGAAAAUAUGGAAAGUGAAUUACAUUCUGCUGCCAUUGACACUGAAAAUUAUGAACAACAAUUUGUUCAGACAACUAUGGAAGAAGCAAAAUGUUUACAAGCUACAAAUGUCAAAGAUGAAAUUAAUGAUAAAAGUGGAAAUACUUUAACAUCAUUAUGGGAUAAUUUAGAGGCAAAUGUGGAAAAAAUUACAUCUUCUAUUUCUACAGUAGGAUUAGAAGACAAUACAUUUGAUACUCUUAAUAAUGGAAGUACAGCAUCAAAUUUAUCUGAAAGUACUUCAGAUAUGCUGGACUCAAAAAGUCAAACAAAGAAUCAAUCAAAGUCUGUCAAAAAUAAAACAGAAGAUGUACAUAUAACUUUCAAAGAAAUUAUACCAUUUACAGAGAACCAGUUAGCAUCGUUAUACAUUAAUGAGGAAUUAGCAUUGGUUGAUAUGUUUACUUCAGAAUUUACAGAAAUACAGAUUAGAAGUAAUGUAAUUAGACGGCAACAUAAAUUAUAUGAACUUUUAGUGUCUUAUCUUCGUGUAAGAAAUCAUUUAAUUAUGAAUUCUCAUGAAUUGGAAAUUUUAAAAAAGUCCUGCAGAGAAAUACAAAAACAAUUAUGGUGCUUAGGGAAAGCUUGCAUCACAGAAGCUGGAGAAUGUCAAGAUGGAAAUCCUGUUGUUGCUACACAUGAAUAUUGUACUGCACGUUUUAAUCACCAAGCAUUAGGGGUCUUGUCUCAAAAUUUAUCAACAAUAAAAGAUAUAUUACACAAUACUCAAGCAUUAUAUUCUUAUGAAGAAGAAGUUUUAAAGUUACAAAUUGAAUAUUAUAUUCAAAGAGUUUGCAUGUCUUGUAAAGAAUUUACAAAUGUUCCUCAAAAUGCACCUGUGACUUUAUUACCAAUAAUUGAAUCUUCACAAUUAAUUCCACAAUUAGUGGAAAUUAGAAUGUGCAUAACAAUAUUGUUUAAUUUUCAACGAAAGUUAUUAAAAGAUAGAAAAUUUGUAAUGGAUACUAGAGAAUGGCUUACAAGAUUAAUAGCAAUCUUGCUAAGGGUGGCAAAUUGGCAAGAUCAUUUAUUUAUAUUGAAUCAUAUCUUAAGAUGUCCUGGAGGGGUAAUGAAUUGGGCUCGCAAUUAUGUUCAAAAUCCAGUACCACAACAGCACAGUAAAUUAAUUACACUUCAAUUAAAUGAUCCAUAUUUAGAUCACAUAGUAGCUGUAUUGGCUGUUAUUUUAUUGCCCAUUAAGGAUAGAGAUACAUUUCUUGAACAGGUACAAGAAUCAUUACAAGAUACAACAUGUACUCCAAGUGAUACAGUUUGGGUAAUAUUAGAUGAAGAAGGAGAGGAAGAUGAAGAUAUAGCUAAUGCUGGAAAAUAUCUAUUUGAAAGUGACCUUAUUUUUUUAUUAAAUCAAAUCCCUUUUAGUAAAGUCUUUGAACAUGUGCUAUAUAUCCAGUAUCAGAAUGAUGGUUAUUAUCAAAACAAAAGUUAUAUUACACCACAUCACUUGUUACGGAUAUUUGCAUUUCUUACAACUAUUAUUAGACUCCUAAAACAAGGCUUAAUAACGUACGAUUCUCCAAGAUAUAGACAAUUGGCUAAACGUCUAAGUGCAUUAAUUAGAGAUAUUGUAUACUAUGCUAAUGAUCAAUGGGAAGAAUUUGAUAAGAGCCAGAUUACUGAUGUAUCAAUAUUAAUGAAACUUCAACUUGAAUUUGAUUGUUUUUUUCUAAAAGCAAUUUUGUGCAUAUUUUCGUCACGUCGUUUAGGUGCAUGGCAAUAUUUGGCUUCUAUUCCAUAUCAUUUAAUAUCGUCCAAUACUUUAUGGCAGACAUUUUAUAUUUUACAUACUGAUGUUACACAAAUAGACACUUCUAAUAGACAUAUACAUGAUUGGAUAAAUGAAUUAAAUUCUUUACAACUUCGUACAAAGUUUGAAGAAAAGUUAAGUAGUAUGCCAGGGGAUGAAUCAUACUUUCUUUUAACAACUUUUGCUAAUAUGGCUUUGGCAAGAGCAGAUAAAGAUUACGAUUUUGUAAGAACAACAACAAUAGAUUUAUUCCAAAUUGGAUUUCUUAGUGAAAAAACACGAGAUUCUUGCUCAAAAGAUGCUCGAUCUUUACUAUCAAAUUUAACAAAUAAGUAUCCCUCACUGCUAUCAGAUAUCCUGCAAAAGCUAAAAGAUAAUUUUGCUUCAGCUGGAAAGCUAAGUUUAUACUUAUUUACUGAAUUAAAAUUGUAUAAAUGGAUACCACGGGAGGAAGAUAUAGUUAUUCUUUCUACAUGGUUACAUCAAUGUCCGUUAAUAUCGAUUGAAAAUCACUUGGCCCGUUUAAUUCUUACUCACUUAAAUUGGGGAUUUAAUGAGAGUGGUAAUUUACAUCUUCCUAUUGAUUUACAUAGACGUAUAGCAUUAUUAACUGUUGAAGUUACAAUGAAAUAUGUACCUGAUUCUUCUGUGCAAACUGCUUCUUUAUUAGCAGAGGGCGUUAAACAGGUUUCAUCAAUGAUAAGGCCACAAAAUGCUGAAUAUAUUUUUUCAUUAUGGGCAUGGGAUAUAAUUUCUAAGCUUAGAUUACAUCAACUUGAUCAGUCUGAGGCACUUUGUCAUUAUACAUUUCAAAGCCCUAGUGAAGCAUUUGCUCAUAUACCGGAUAUGGAUUCUGAUUCAUCUUUGGAAAUUUUAGUCACUGGCAUACAUGAAAAACAACCUAUUGCAUGUUAUGUGGCAAUGCUUAUGACAUUAUGGGGUCAUUCUAUACCUUUGAUAUGUUUACAUGGUUUCAACCAAUUACAAAUAUUACAAUCCUAUUAUAAAUAUGAACAAGUGCUUAUAUGUUUGCAUUAUAUUAUACCGUUAUUUUUGACAUGUGAAGAUACAUUACUUAAAAAUGAUAAAUUUAUAUCUAUCAUUAUUUCUCUAAUUGCGGCUGAUAGAUCUUAUAUGAAAAUGGCUAAAAGUCUUAUAGUCUCAGAAUUUCCAGGGACAAUUCUAAAACAAUUUUCAAAUAUGAUCCACUCACAUUUAUAUAAUUUUAAAAGGUAUUCUUUACAAACCCCACAAGAGCUUGUACAUCUUUGGUUAAAUAUACUUAUACUUGUACCAGAUUGGAAUAAAGAUCAAAGUGUAAUGUACUUGAUGGAUGUAGUUAUUAGUGCUGCAUUUUGUCAUGCAAAUGCAAGAGUAACUGUGGAAAACAUGUUUCAAAGUCUAUUUUCUCUUACCUUAGAGGAAAAUAAUGAGAAUACACCUAAUCGAAAUGUGAUAACAUCAUUUGGUUCAUUUUUAAAUUGGGCUACUGGUACUUCCAAUUCAGUUAGUCUUUUAGGAAAAUGGACUCAAUCAGUUUGGGUUGCUUAUCAAAUAUUAUUAACUGAGCAGUACAAUAGAGAAAUUAAAAGUGGUUUAUGGCGUGAAAUUUUAAAGGAAUUAUCAGUACAGCCUAAAAUAUCAUUGGAUACUGCUAUUAAGCGGGCUUGUAUAACUGUGAAAAUGCAACCAUUUGGAGCGAAUGGAUUAUCUAUAUACCGUUGGUCUCAACAAGCACUGGAUACUCCUAUAGAUCAUCCUAUCCUUCCUCUUUUGUGGCAGAACUUUUUUGCUUUAUUUCUUGCUAGAGUUCCAACAACAUUGGGAGUUAUUCAUUAUGGUGGAAUUGGUGAAAAAUUUUUUGAAGGCAUGAUUAAUUUAAGUUACUUAAAGAAGCUCAAGAAACGAUUACACGAUACUACUACAUACUUUCAAUUAAAAGGAGAAAAAGGUUUGGACAAUGGGAAGCCAAUUAGCGAUGAGAGACGAACAUUUUACUUUAACGCAGCAAAGUUUUAUAAAACUUUGAGUUUAUGGCUUGAAGAACCAAGAUUGCACGAACCACGUUUUUAUUUACCAGCAUUACCUCCACAAUACAUGUCACAAAAAUUGAUAUUACUUGUUCAAGAUGAUUGGACUCCAUGGAUAGAAUAUAUUGAUUAUUGGGCAAUUCAGCAAAAUCAAAUAAUCGCAGUCCAAGAAUGGGAACAUGUAUGUUCUAGAAAUCAAGAAAAUCUUUAUCAAAAUGGAAAAAAUGUACCCAUCUCAUUGCCUGAAGUGGCUGAACCACUACAAAGAAUAUUUAAAAGAUUAGCUACAUAUGAGCAGCCUGUUCCACCUCCUUCUUUAAAUCGAAAUCAAACAGUUUUUAAUUGUAUAUCUAAACAAAGUCUAUAUAACUCUAAUUCAGUCAUUGAUCUUGUUAAACCACAUCUCAAAAUAUUAUUAGAUUAUGCUCAAACAUACAAUUUAAUGAUUUCUGAGCAUAUAGCCACAGAUUCCAGUUUUUUAGAACUAGUGCCUACACUUUAUAAGGAAACUGAAAAUCAUGUAACAUUGCAUGCAUUAUGUGAUCUAGCACCUCCGAAUCAGAAACAAUCUAGGUCAGGAACACCACCUACUGUGCAUUGUGCUGGUCCUGCAGUAAUUGCAAUUAAAGUACCUGAAGCUCACAUUAAUAGUGGCAUCGACCACAUGAUAACUCAAAAUAGAGCAGAAUAUGAAAAUUUGUUGAUAAAAGCUAGUCAACCACCACCAAGUAAAGUUACUCAAGGAUGUGUUUUUAUAGAUCAUUUAAUUGCAAUGUUAGAACAUGAAAUAACUGUAAACCAAAAUAGUGAAAACACAACAGUAUUAUAUAAAAUUCAAGAAAAUGGAGUUAAAUUAUUUUAUUACCUUGUAGACAAUUAUACAGAAGAAGCAUCAUUAUGUCCACCAACAAAACAAUUUAUUACUACUUGUUUAGAAAAAUUGGGACAAUCGUUUAUUAGUGGGGAAGAAACUCAAGCUCUACAACUAUUAAACACCAUCAUACGAAAACCAAAUCUUGGUGUGUUAUUGGGACCGCAUUUUACACCUGUUGCUGGUAGUGCAUCAACAUUUUUACAAAUGUAUGAAAUUGUUGUCGAAUUCUCUACAGGCGCAAAUAUUGACCUUUGUUUCGUAUUAUUGUCAAAAUUUGAUGUAGAAACCUGGUUAAAUUAUAAACGACCAAAAUUAAGUGAACGAUCAACAUUCAUUGAUUUAGUAUCUACAGCUCUUUGUAUUUUGGGACUUAAUCCAGAAGAGAUGAAGCUGAUACUACAUGAGUUAUUUAGAAAUCACUUACGACUUAUAUUAUUACAUGAAUUUCCUGAACAUUAUGGUGAAGUUUUGAGUGUUGUGUUAAGAAGUAGUGAAAGUCAAAACUUAUCCUUAGAUGUUUGGCGAGAUUUAUUAGGAACCCUCAGUGGCAAAUCAAAAAAUGUUUUUCCAAUUAAUUUUUCUAAAAUUAGGGAUGAUAUUCGUUAUUAUGCCACAGAUCAGAGACUUCUUUCUCGACAAGAGAUAUAUGAUACGGCUAUAUUAUUAAAUCGGCAUUUUAUGCAAGAACGUUUACAGUAUGGGCUUUAUGGAUUGUAUCCAAAAUAUAGAAUCUAUAAUGAACCAUUAAGUAUAUUCCUUGGCAUGGUGGGUCAUGCUCUUGUUGCACUUACCCUUCAAUCUGAUAGGGGUUCAUUAGGAGAUCAAUUGUGUGAGAAAAUAUGGCCUGUCUUAAGUGAAAUGUAUUCACCUUGGAUUGCACCAUAUUGGACACGAAAUUUGAAAGAACCAACCGCUGCAUGGAUUCAGCAGCUUACAGAUGAUCGAUCUGUUUUAUUGCCAUGGAUUAUUGCAGAUGGUCCAUAUGCUAACAAAAUUGUAACAAUGUUUGUUGAAUGUAUUCGUUUUAUUAUCGAUACGUUGCCAACAUCUAAUAGGAUACUCUGUUUCGUCUGGCAAUUUUAUGUUGCUAAUUUUGCUCAUGCUUCAGUUAAAGAUCACAUUUUAAAUGUUAUUCAUGGCAAUCUUUUAUCAUUACCAUGGGAUCGUUUUUAUCCACGUGUAAAUGAUGUAGAGUUUAUGGUAAAAGUGAUUGAUCAAUACUUACCAGACAGUCACUUAUUCCUUGGAAGUAUAUUUACAUGUGUACACUGGUCACUUUGGAUAAAUGAAUUGUUGACAACACAAUCAUCAGCUGUCGUAGCAAGAGUACAUGUUUGUCUAUUAAAUUUGUUUAUAAAAUUAUCCAACGAACCAAAUGUUAGACAGAAUGAUAAAGCAGUUCAAUUAGUUAUGCAAGCUGAAAAAUUUUCUUGGCAUCUAUUAGAUGCAAGUGCAUAUGAUCAUAUAAUUAAUUGGUAUGUUAUGAGUUGUGAUUCAAGAAUUGUUCUUCAGGUAGACACUGACCAAUGUUAUCCUAUAGAUGUUGCUAUAAAUAAUUUGUUGAAGGUAGCAGCAGGCUAUGAUCCUGCUAUAAGUUGUUUUCAUCCAACUACAUUAAAAAAGAGGCAACUAUAUAUACGAUCUUCAAUAAAAUUAUUGAUUACUUGUACAACUCGACAUAAAUCUUUAUUAUCUGCAAAUCCAAAAGCAUUAUACAAUACAUUAUUAAAAAUGUUAGACGAUAUGGAAGCAGUUAUUAUAAACACUGUUUCAGAAUCACAACAAAUUGCAGAAGCAAGUUUGCUAAUAACUGAAUUACUCUAUACUAUGAACCAAAGUGAAUAUCUUAUGGAACAUCUUCGUAGUAGUUGGACAUCAUGGCUAAUGAAAAGAACAGCUCGCAAUCCAAUUUUAAUGAGUAUACUUAAAGUCAUUACUACAACUAUUACUUCAUCAUCUAUACUUGGAGAACUCAUGGAAGCUGCAUUAGAAGCAUAUUUUAAAUUUGAUUUAACAUGUGAAGAUACUUCACCAACAUGGGCUUCAGUCUUAACAAUUUUACAAUUAGUGAUACCUCGACAACCACCACUAGAAACUUUCUUAGUUUCUGAGGGAAAACUUCUUGCUUUGUAUUUUGUUUUACUUAAACGACUUCCAUUAUGUCAAGAUAUUAGAGAAGAAGGAGUGCUUCUCAUAAAUUUAGUUGACUGGAUCUCUGCUAUUAAACCAACGAAUAUAAAUGAAGAAAAAUUACCUCUUCUAUGGUCUAAAACUUGUGAAUUAGCAUAUAGACAAUGUCAAUACAAUGAAAAUACUAAAAUUGCUAUUAAAGCCCUUAAAGGUUUAGCACGUUCGUUAUUAGCAACAGCCGAUGAUGGAGGACAGGGAUGGGGUAUAUUAGGUGCCAUUGGCCUCAGAAAAGGGUCUCAUCUUUCAACUAGGUGCAAAUUUUUAAGUCGUGCAAUAGGGGUGUAUUGCUUAGCUCAAUUGCCUGAAUCAAAAUCGGAACAACAGUUAGUAAGAUUUACACCUCAUUCACCUGGAGUAGCAUCAUCAAGAACAGUUGAUCCAGAUGUAAUGGAAAUUCGACCUAGUACAGAAGCUAUUAAAGCCAUGCAAACUUUAGAAGGACUUGUAUUAAACAAACAAUACGCAGAGCUUAAAGUAUAUAUAGAGCGAUCCAUUCAGUUAAUCAGAGAUCCAGCUAAUUCUUUACAUAAUGCAGCAAUGAUUGUAGGCAAACUAACAAAUGAACUUUACAAUCAAAGAUAUUUGCAUGUCUUGAUAGAUUAA